UAGCCCCGGUCUCCGCUAUACGUGCUGUAUGAACUUCAAAUGUACGCACGGUGCUGUCGUCUCGCCGGUGACUGUGAUUGGUCAGCACCUGCUCACCUCCUUCAUCCAAACUGACAUGAGUUGGAGGAAAUAUAGGCAGCAUCCAUCCCCCCGAUCCUCACUACGCGUCUGCGCUGCUCCCUCCGCCGCAUGUGCUUCAUUCUCUAUGGUAAUGCUACAGUGAUCGGAAGCCCUUCUCAGUUUUACACAGCGUUAUCAUCAUCAUCACGAGACAUGCGUGUGCAACUGACUAUAGGAGUGUUUAUCUUCUUUUUGGCGGUGCGGCAAACACACGCGACUGAUUCCAGCAGCGCUCAUGACACCUCACAUGAGAGAUCACUGAACAUCCAGAAGAGAAGACUCUCUCUGCAGAACACAGCGGAGAUUCAGCAGUGUCUGGUGAACGCAGGUGAUGUGGGAUGCGGGAUGUUUGAGUGCUUCAACAACAACUCUUGCGAGAUCCGUGGACUACAUGACAUCUGCAUGACGUUCCUCCACAACGCUGGCAAAUUUGACUCCCAGGGAAAAUCAUUCAUCAAAGAUGCGCUGAAAUGCAUGGCCCAUGGACUUCGCCACAAGUUCAGCUGCGUCAGCCGCAAGUGUCUGGCUGUGAAAGAGAUGGUGUUUCAGCUACAGCGCGAGUGUUACGUCAAACACAACCUCUGCUCUGCCGUGAGGGAGAACGUCAACGUCAUGGUGGAGAUGAUCCACUUCAAAGACCUGUUUCCUAAAGGGCCCCAUGUGGAGUUAGUAAACAUCCUGUUGGGAUGCGGCGAGGAGGUGCGCGUCGCCAUCGCCCGCCGAAUACGAACUCAGUGCGAGCAGAACUGGGGAGCUCUGUGCGGGAGCCUGAGUCUCUGUGCCCUCGGAAAGGUGGAGAACCAGGCCGGUUCCACCCUCGCUCCCGUCCCAGAUACCACCACCUCAUCGGGAGCCAGCGGCAACUCCCUCCCUCCCGCGAACCUGCUUAUCCCUGAGGCUGACGGGGAAACGGUUUGGACACUCACAGAAGGAGAUGAAGAAAAUCAGUCCUCAGGUCCACAAGACAACGCCUCUAAUACCGAAAAAGAGCUAAAGAGGUCUCUGAAUGCCACCAAAAGAAGGUGAAGGGAAGGGGGGUUCUCAGUGCCUUUAGCCCACAUGUCCAAAAAGGCUUGUUCACUGCUCUCCUUCCCUGCCUCGCUCAAGGACAAAUAAGCUGCAGUCUCCAGUGGUUCUAUAAGAGCACCAUCGACGACAGGGUAUUUCGAUGUGAUGUUACAUUUAGAGCUGCCGUCGGUCAUUGUGUUCGUUUUGUAGGUCAUUCUGUGAGAACAUGGACUGGUACAAUAUUUAAUAGGAGUCUCAACUAUUUCGCAAUAUUGCAGUGGCGUUUCACCCUUGUAGAUGUAUUUGUAGAUUGUGGACAUUCCUCAGACUGCAGACUCCUCAGAAUGCUUAGAGGGAGUCUGUCAGGCUGCAAUUCUGAAUAGCAUUAUUACAAAAACUGGGCCUUGUGUUUUGUGAUGACAUCAUUCCAUCUGCUCAGUAUUUGUCUGCUUUGAAGCAACGCCAUUUGGGUGAACAUCACGGAAACAUGUCUGGGUCACAUUUCACCCCAAAAGAAAGAAAGGAAAUAUAAAUAUUAAUAAAUGAUGUUCAUUUAAAAAAAGAAAUAACGAAAAAUAAUUCAAACACAGGAUUACACUUUCGUUCAAAAGUUUGGGGUUAAGUAUGCUUAAAAAAAAAAAAAAAAAACUUAAUAUAAUUAUUUUUUUUAUUUAGCAUGCUAGUGGCAUUAAAGAUAUUUAUAAUAUUACAAAAAGUCUAUUUCAAAUACAUGCUGCUUUUUCGAACUUUGUAGUCAUCAAAGAAUCCUUAAAAAAUGAUUUCCACAAAAAUAAGCACAAUAAGAAUGCCUCUUGUAAUUAUCAUUGUUCAUCAUUAUUAUCAGUGUUGAAUUUUUUUGCUGCUUAAUAUUUUGUUUUUCAGGAUUCUUUGAUGAAUAGAAAAUUCAAAAUAACAUUAAAAUUUAGAAUUUUUGCAAUAUUGUACAUUUCUUAAAUGUCAUCUUUUCAACUGUAAACUUUUGAAUUGUAGUGUAUCAUGGUUUACACAAAAAUAGUAUAUAAUAAUAUUAAAAGCUGCAAAAACUGCAUAUUAGAAUGAUUUCUGGACGCUCAUGUGACAUUGAAGACUGGAGUAACGAUGCUAAAAAUUCAACUUUGCAUUACAGGAAUAAAUUAUAUUUUAAAACAUGUUAGAAUAGUAAAUAGUUCUUUUAAAUGGGAAUAAUAUUUCACAUUUUUAUUAUUUUUACUGUAUUUCUGAUCAAAUAAAUGCAGCCCUGGUGAGCCUAAGAGACUUCAAAAACAUUUUAAAAGCUUACAGAUCCCAAUCAUUUGAAUAAUAGUGUAUAUAUUUUAUAUUAAUAUAAUCAAUCUAUGUUUAGGACCAUUUAAAUUGUUGAAUUGUGGCAUUAUUUCAAGGAAUUUGGCCUUGAUGUAUUUACUUUAUCAUUAGUAGUAGUAUUUUAAGUAGUAAUAGUUCUUUUUGCUGCGUUUCAGUAAAUAAUUACUGCAAAUCUUUAAAAUUAACAUUAAGGCACUACAUGACAUACUACCAUGCUUUAAAUACAUUUAAUAAUCUAGUGUUUUCUGCUCUCUUCUUAUCUCUUUCUUUUGAUUUCGGGUGAAAUAUGGAUCUGUACGUGUUCCAGAUUUAUCUAUUUGGACUGUUUUUGAGCACAAGUAAAGCCUCAGCAGCAGAUAUAAGCUCUUAUAUGCCACAUGCUUCAUGCGGUACACUCAGAUGUGUCCACUGCAGUGUUGCUGUUGCCAAGGCAAUGUGACAUAUCUAAUAUGUAAUAUCAGAUUUCAUAUUUUUCUUGCAUAGAAUUUAGAGUAGACAUUUUUCAUAUGUGAUAAAAAAAAAAAAAAACCUAUGCCUUCUUCCUAGAUAGAUUACAGUUA